GUUAAAUGUGUCCGGGCUGCGCGGCCCCUGAUUGGUCCGCAGCCUCCGCGCUGGGACGGACAACACUCCUCCUCUGAGUGCGCACUGGGAAAAGUCACUGAGUGGACGCAGCGGACUACGGCACAAGCGUGGACCUGCCGCAGUUGUUUGUUUUUUGUCAAAUAAAUUGAACGCAUGGAGGUUUCGCUGUGAUUUGCGGCCACUUCCGGUUUUUCACUCGACAUUUAAAUCCAUCUUGCGCCGGAGAGGAGCGCGCGGCGGGUCCGUUAGCCGCGGCUGAGGAGUCGACACUGUCACUUCUGAUUCAUGGACUCAACUCCAGCUGGAAGCUUGUCUGCCAGGAGCCUAAUGCGAGGCUGACUUCGUUCAUUCACCGUGCAGAUUCAGGGAGCAUGCAGUUAUCUUUGCACAGCAUGGAUGUCCUGAAGAUUGUGCUGUUCAUCUUUGAGGCUGUUUUACUCACAGACUGCGCAAGAGGACCUCCACGGGUUUCAGCGAAGGUUGCUCACAGGCAGUCAGCCCGACUUGGAAGUGCCAUUAAGCUGCCGUGUCCGGUGGAAGGUGACCCUCCACCCCUGAUUAUGUGGACCAAAGAUGGGCGCAACAUCCACAGCGGCUGGAUCCGUUUCCGUAUCCUCCGCAUGGGCCUGAAGAUCAAGGAGGUGGAGGCAGAUGACACGGGCACCUACAUCUGCAAGGCUACGAACGGCUUUGGCAGCGUAAACAUCAACUACACCCUCAUCGUCAUCGACGACUCCGGCUCUGAUAAAACCAGACCAGGAGGAGCUGAUGGAGCGGAGUCUGAGUUGGGCGCCGAUGGCAUGUUGGACAAAUUUGUGCGUCCUCGCUUCACUCAGCCUGCCAAGAUGAGGAAGAGGGUGAUAGCGCGUCCUGUGGGCAGCUCAGUGAGACUCAAGUGCACGGCCAGCGGGAACCCUCGCCCGGACAUCGUGUGGCUGAAGGACGACCGGCCGCUGACGGAGCAGGAGGUCGGCGAGGGCCGUCAGAAGAAGUGGACUCUGAGUCUGAGGAGCUUGACGCCCGAACAAAGCGGCAGAUACACCUGCAGGGUCUCCAAUCGGGCCGGGGAAAUCAACGCCACGUAUAAAGUUGAAGUCAUACAAAGGACAAACUCCAAGCCUGUUUUGACGGGCACCCACCCGGUCAACACGACCGUAGACUACGGCGGCACCACGUCCUUCCAGUGCAAAGUGCGGAGCGACGUCAAGCCGGUCAUUCAGUGGCUCAAGCGCGUGGAGUCUAAUGAGGAAAGCAGCUACAACACCACCAUUGAGGUGGGGGACCACCGAUUCGUGGUGCUGCCCACGGGGGAGGUGUGGUCAAGGCCCGACGGCUCCUACCUCAACAAGCUGCUCAUUACCCGCGCCAAGGAGGAGGACGCUGGCAUGUACAUCUGCUUAGGCGCCAACACCAUGGGCUACAGCUUCCGCAGCGCCUUCCUCACCGUGCUGCCAGACACAAAGCCUCCCAUCACGCCUGUGUUCUCGCCGGCCUCCAGCUCCCUACCCUGGCCCGUGAUCAUCGGCAUACCCGCCGGAGUAGUGUUCAUCUUUGGCACAGUGCUGCUGUGGUUCUGUCAGAGCAGAAAACACUGUCCCUCCCCUCCGGGCGCUCCAGCUGCAGCCACGCAGGUGCUGCAGAGCUCCCACCGGCUGCCGUACAGAGAGCGUGACCGGGGGGGCGUGGCUCCGUCCUCCAACCCGGAGAAAGACUGCAUGAGCUCCACCAACUACGAGGAGUACCUGGCACAGCAGCAGCUCCUCCUCAGUCAGGGGGGACCGACACUCCCGCCCAAAAUCUACCCCAAAAUCUACACGGACAUUCACACGCACACUCACUCCCAUGUGGAUGGGAAAGUACACCAGCAUCAACACAUUCAUUUUCAGUGUUAGCCUCGGUGCCAAAUCCUCCCCACUAACUGUUCUCAGAGGGAGACAGUUGUGUCAUUCACCUGGCAUCACUCGAAUCCAAAUCAUAAACGGACUCCUUAUCGCCGGACAUUGUUGGGAGAGCGUGCAUGUGUGUGAAAAACAGUGGCCAGUGACACACCUGGCAUUUGUGCCUCCAAACUUCCACAUUUGGUGCUUUUUUUAAAUUGUUUUUUACCUUCAGAUUCUCACACCACUAAAAAAAUCCAUUAAUCCUUGUUGUGCACUUAGUAGAAAUAAAAGAACAAGGAAAUGUUUAGCGUGUGAGUUGAAGUGCGGCUGAAAGCUCCUCCUCAGCAGUUCAAUUUCAUUCUCCUCCGUGUGGCUGAGGAUGGAGGUUCUAUCCCGGGGCGCAGCGGCUCUGUGCGUUGUGACUGGUGACGAAGAUGAGAAAUGGUACUCGGAGAUUUACGGAAGGGCUGGUUUCAUUCUCCUACUCAGGUAGUCCUUUUGUUUUGUUGAAGAUGCAUCAUCUUCGGUACGCUGACCACUAUCCUUCGUAUGACCUAACUCCAUCCCUAACCUCUCUACCAUGUUGAUACAGAGGAGGCUGGUAGUUAUUUUUUUUAUAAGCCUGUUUGUGGCGUGUAAACCUUGCCUGAGACUGCAAGGGAGGGAAGACUCGUGUUUUCACGUUGAGCGAAUCGGUCGUCAUUAUUACUUUAAACUUCUUUUUAGGUAGGUGCCCAUCACACCGCAGUCAGUAGCAUGUUGAGAUAAACCAGCAGUCUGCUGCUUUGACCGCCACCUUAUCCACCCGCAGUAUAUGAAGCUGUAGUCAUUUAUAAUCAAAUUGAGUCAUGAAUAUUUAAUUUAUUUUGCUAAAAAAAAUGUAUCAAAGGUUUAUUUUUCAGAGUAAGGCGUUUUACAUAUGUAAUGUUAUUAAAGUAUACUGUUGUCUAUAGAGCAUUUCGAGUACUUGUGUCUCCCCAGUUUAAUCACAUUUAGUUCAUGCUAAAUAUUUUAGGCAAUGCUCUUUGUAAUUGGUUAUAUUUGACAAUUUUGUAAUGAUGUACUCUGUUCAAGGCUCAACAACUAAAUCAUCUGAACGUUUGAUGGUUUAGUAGUUUGAUUAAAUGACCUGGAACAAACCUCCUUCAAAUGUUUAUGUGUGUUCUUGUGAAGGACGUCCCCGUUAAUGUUCUGCAAAGCCUGUGCUUGUAAACAAGGCGUAAAAGUCCUGGUGAAUGACUUCGCUGACAGUUCCAGUCCUAAAGCGUCGGAGCUGUUGAGGUGCUGGUGCCCAGACGGGUCAGCUUUCCUCCUUUGAGCGGGCCGAAGUGUCUCCUGGGGGUGACGCAGAGGGCAGCCAGCAGAGGGUAACAAGUUGCCGGGAUGAAUGAGUGAAUAGAUACAGAACAGACACAAGGGUAGUCUCUCAGUCCCCCCUUUUUAGGUGAGUGAUGGCCCCUGCAAGACUACA